CUUCAGGGGCCGAAGCCUGGGGCCAUGCUGCGCCUGGGGCUAUGUGCGGCAGCACUGCUGUGCAUGUGCCAACCUGGCGCUGUGCAUGCUGACUGCUGGCUCAUCGAGGGGGACAAGGGCUAUGUGUGGCUGGCCAUCUGCAGCCAGAACCAGCCACCAUAUGAGACCAUCCCCCAGCACAUCAACAGCACUGUGCAUGACCUGCGGCUCAAUGAGAACAAGCUCAAGGCUGUACUGUACUCCUCACUCAAUCGCUUCGGGAACCUCACGGACCUCAACCUCACCAAGAACGAGAUUUCCUACAUUGAGGAUGGUGCCUUUCUGGGCCAGACAAGUUUGCAAGUCCUUCAGCUGGGCUACAACCGGCUCAGCAACCUGACUGAGGGCAUGCUGCGUGGCAUGAGCCGCCUGCAGUUCCUUUUUGUCCAGCACAAUCUCAUCGAGGUGGUGACACCCACUGCCUUCUCCGAGUGCCCCAGCCUCAUCAGCAUUGACCUGUCCUCCAACCGCCUCAGCCGUCUUGAUGGAGCCACCUUUGCCAGCCUUGCCAGUCUGAUGGUAUGUGAGCUGGCCGGAAACCCCUUCAACUGUGAGUGUGACCUCUUUGGCUUCCUAGCCUGGCUCGUGGUAUUCAACAAUGUCACCAAGAACUAUGACCGCCUGCAGUGUGAGUCGCCAAGGGAGUUUGCUGGUUACCCAUUGCUUGUGCCCCGACCUUACCAUAGCCUCAAUGCCAUAACAGUCCUGCAGGCCAAGUGCCGCAAUGGCUCAAUGCUUGCCCGGCCUGUGAGUCACCCCACACCCUACUCCACGGAUUCCCAGAGGGAGCCAGAUGAGAAUUCAGGCUUCAACCCUGAUGAGAUCCUCUCGGUGGAACCACCAGCCUCAUCUACCACAGAUGCAUCUGCGGGACCUGCCAUCAAGCUGCACCAAGUCACCUUCACCUCGGCCACCCUGGUUGUCAUCAUCCCACACCCUUACAGCAAGAUGUACGUGCUGGUCCAGUACAACAACAGCUACUUUUCUGAUGUCAUGACACUCAAGAACAAGAAAGAGAUUGUGACGCUGGACAAGUUGCGGGCACACACUGAAUACACCUUUUGUGUCACCUCACUGCGAAACAGCCGCCGCUUCAACCACACCUGUCUGACCUUCACCACUCGGGACCCUGUGCCUGGGGACCUGGCCCCCAGCACCUCCACCACCACACACUACAUCAUGACCAUCCUGGGCUGUCUGUUUGGCAUGGUCAUUGUGCUGGGGGCUGUCUACUACUGCCUGCGCAAGCGGCGCAUGCAAGAGGAGAAGCAGAAGUCUGUCAACGUUAAGAAGACUAUCUUGGAGAUGCGCUAUGGCGCUGAUGUGGAUACCGGUUCUAUUGUGCAUGCUGCCCAGAAGCUAGGCGAGCCACCUGUGCUGCCUGUGGCCCGCAUGUCCUCUAUUCCCUCCAUAAUUGGGGAGAAGCUGCCCACCUCCAAGGGGCUAGAGGCUGGGCUAGACACACCCAAGGUGGCUACCAAAGGCAACUAUAUUGAGGUGCGCACAGGUGCUGCAGGGGACAGUGUGGCCCGGCCUGAGGAUGAUCUCCCAGACAUUGAAAAUGGCCAGGGCUCAGCUGCUGAGAUCUCUACCAUUGCCAAGGAAGUUGACAAGGUUAACCAGAUCAUUAACAAUUGUAUCGAUGCCCUCAAGCUGGACUCGGCCUCUUUCCUAGGGGGUGGAAGUGGCGGUGGGGACUCUGAUCUGGCCUUCGAGUGCCAGUCCCUCCCUGCAGCUACUGCUGCCUCCUCAGCUGCCACCUCUGGGGCUCUAGAGCGGCCCAGCUUCCUGUCACCCCCCUACAAGGAGAGCUCCCAUCACCCACUGCAGCGCCAGCUGAGCGCUGAUGCUGCAGUGACCCGCAAGACCUGCAGUGUGUCAUCCAGUGGCUCCAUCAAGAGCGCCAAGGUUUUCAGCCUGGAUGUGCCAGACCAUCCAAGCACCACUGGGCUGGCCAAGAGCGACUCCAAGUACAUAGAGAAAGGCAGCCCCCUCAACAGCCCUCUAGACCGGCUUCCACUGGUGCCCACAAGCAGCAGCGGUAGCAGUGGUGGGGGUGGUGGCAUUCACCACCUGGAGGUGAAACCGGCCUACCACUGCAGCGAGCACCGGCACAGCUUCCCAGCUCUCUACUAUGAGGAGGGCACCGACAGCUUGAGCCAGCGAGUGUCCUUCCUCAAGCCACUGACCCGUUCCAAGCGUGACUCCGCCUAUUCCCAGCUCUCCCCCAGACAUUACUACUCAGGGUAUUCCUCCAGCCCCGAGUACUCAUCCGAGAGCACACAUAAGAUCUGGGAGCGCUUCCGGCCCUACAAGAAGCACCACCGUGAGGAGGUGUACAUGGCUGCUGGCCAUGCCCUGCGCAAGAAGGUCCAGUUCGCCAAGGAUGAGGACCUGCAUGACAUCCUUGAUUACUGGAAGGGGGUCUCAGCCCAGCAGAAGCUGUGACCCUCUCCUCCCCCACCGGUGAGGUGAGGGGGAGGGCAGGGGCACUCGGGGGAUGGGCCCCGCCAGGGUGGCCGGGAGGCAGGGGACAGGCCAAGGGGUCCGGGCCAAGGGGCCCGGGCCUAGGAGUGGACGUACAUGCACACCCGCACACACACACCCACACACACACUUGACCACCACCUGACUGUGAAGCAACCAACACCCAACAAUAAUGGACAGGAAAACAAACAUUUUCCUUAAAGUUUACAACCUGCUACUGAAACCAGUUGUCUCUACUGUGCUGCCCAAAGGGACUCACUGGGCUGGGGAAAGAGGUCAGAGAGGGUGUGGGGCCCCGGGACUUAGGAAGGUUUGGUGGAAAAAGAGUUUGGGGUAGAAGCAAACCAUAGCCCUCUUGUUCAGGGAGGGUACCCUCCC